AUGGCCGGGGAGCUCAUGAGCCUCCGCGUGCUGGAGAAGCACUUCGGCGUGGACGACGCCGUCGUGGCGCCGGACGAGCUCGCAAGGCUGUACCGCGGCCUGUUCGCGCGGUUCGACAGGGACGGCAGCGGCAAGGUGGACCGGCACGAGUUCCGCGCCGAGAUGAAGGAGGUGAUGCUCGCCGUGGCAAACGGGCUCGGCUUCCUCCCCGUGCAGAUGGUCGUCGAGGAAGGCAGCUUCCUCAGGGUCGCCGUCGACAGGGAGCUCGGCCAGCUUGCCAAAGCUGCGUGA